AUGGGUCAAGGAUCCAGCGCCAACAUCGAACACCUACCACCAGCUACAUCAGUAGCACCCAAACAAAAAUCUCCACCAAAACGCCCAACAAGUCCUCCACAACCUAAAACUCCCAACUAUGUGGUGGCACAGAAUAAAGUAUUGCCAGGGAACAUCCCUUUAGAUGGUCGGUCAAAUUUAAGACCAGUUUCACAAGAAUUGGUGAAAUUUAUGCCAGAGAUCGCAGACAUAUAUCAACUUGAGGAAGAUGAAGGUUUGCCCAUGGACUACGAAACCGACAAGGAGAAUCGUAACGAUACACCAACCACACCCUCAAAGAGUCGUUUAGAAGGACCUGUUGUGACUCCGGGCAAGGACAUGCAAAUUCCUAAUUACCCUAAUGGAAUAUCUACUCCCGGCGACUCUUUUAAAACGAAUGGUGAAACUCCAAACAAUGACUCGGGUAUCUUCGACUCUGAAACUACCCCCAAGAGUUAUGAGAGUCCCACUCCAAGACCAUCAAAUGGCUUAAGUCAUUUACGCCAUAACAACUUUGACAACAAAGGGCGGAUAAAAGGUCACCGUCGGCAGCAAUCAAUGUGUACUAGUUUACUAAAUGAGCAGAGCACCAUUCCCGAAGACCCACGUGAGCAUCUGUAUAACGAAUGGCGUAAAGAUCCAUACUCAAAUUCCUUGCCUAGUGGUACAUCCCUUCCAGUGAAAAGUAAUUUCGAUAUGGACGAAUCGUUUAAUUUGACGUAUGCCCAACUAGCUGAAGCUAGGCGAAAAAAGACACUAGAAGAACUCGAGAAACGAACUGGUAAGAAAAUCCAAGAUCUCACGGAUGAUUUAGCUGAUAAAUCGACUGUUAUGCAGUCACCUUUUGACCGUUACUCUUCUAAAUCAUCCAACUACACUACAUCUUUCAGCGUCACCAGAAGCAAUAGCAUCAGCACUGCCAGUUCAGAUACUGGUGUAAGCAAAAGAAAGAAGAAGCGAGCCCCGCCACCACCGAAUCAAAAUGGAGUCAUUGAGCCACCAGUUGACUAUCAUCUCGAUCUAUCAACGAAUUCUUUGCCACCACGAACUAAGCGCCAACUUUCGAUCGAUUCAUCAAGCUCAAAUGUUUCAUCAGUUAACUCCAUUCCCGUGGCACCACCACCUCCAGUAAACCCUCGUAAGAAAGGACCGGCUCCAAUGGCCGGAAGAAUUUCACCACGCAAACUGAAUUCAGACUCGGAUGGUAUAGCCAAAACCAAGCCAGUGUCAAGAUCAAGUUCUUUUAAAACUCCUCCAGUGUUGCCCAAACCGGAGCGUCAACUGUCGGAGUUGGAGCUUCGACUGCAAUCAGUCAGAAAUACAGUUGAAGAGAAAAUUCUGAAAGGUGAACAUGUUGAGGAUACUAACGAAUCGGAAAAAUCUCAACAGGACCAAAAGGACGAGACUACAUCUAUGUCAACUGAUACUGUAUCUUCUAUGUCCGAUAACUUGAGCCUGUAUUCCAUCGAAUCUAGGUCCAAGUCGGAAUCAGGCAGCGUCCAAAUGGAGGAAGCUAAGCCAAAACCACCUUCGACCACAUGUGAUGCACUAGAACAGUCUUCCCUGCAACCUGUCACGGAUGAGUCUUUUAAAGCCGAAUCGCCGAAACAAGCAGAGAAGAAAACAAAUUCCGAUGAUAGUCAGAAGAAAUUGAGCAGUCUUCUUCAGCAUGACAUAAUAACUGCCGCACAAGCGAGAGGUGCCAAAAUCAAAAAGCAAACUACCCCCGUUGCCUCAAAGCCAAAAGAUCAAAAUGCUGUGUUUAAAGAACAGUUAGGAAAAGCAUUAGGUGAUCGCGAAGACAGGAUGAAGAAAUCUAAAUCAAUCGAUGAAAUGCUUUCCGUCAACCGCAGACCACUUUCUACAAACGGGGUUGUGAUUAAGCCAUCUACUAAUGAACACAAUGCUGAACAGACCGUAUCGUCAAAAGUUAAAUCUCCAGUCAUGGUUCAGAGAUCGAAAAGCACAGGGAAUAUUGGUAUGAAGAAAGAUUUGGAAGACGAGGAUGACUCAUCUAAGAGAAAUACCUUCAGUUCCACUUAUUCUGAAGAAUGGACCCCUGAACAUGAUUUGGAUUCGGAUGAGGAUAUGAAUGCAGAAGUGUUCCGAACACAUCAGCGAGCUACUUCAGAAGGUUUCAAAUCGCAAAUCAUCCCAGGUACGGUAAAAGAUUUGAAAAAUGGAAGUCAGCAAAAGUCCGGGAAAAAGAAUCGCGUUUAUAAACAGACAGAAGUUACUCCCGACGAAAAAAAUAAAUAUGGUAGUAUUCGCAAACUGAAAAAGACUGUCCAUAAGGGCGUUAAGAACGCAUUUGGAUCCCUUAGUCGUGCAUCUGGUAAAAUAUUACGCCGAUCGCGUAAUUCCGAAGGAGAAAUGUACAAUAACGCGUCAAAUUGGAGCCUCAACCAGGUUACUCCACCCGUGAUCGGUGUUGAGGAUUCAGAUAGCGAUGAUUGUGAUACGGCUGGUAUGGGAGUUGAGGACGUUCGUUUUGAUUUACCAGACGAUCCAAUUGAGAAAGAACCAGAAGUAAACCAAAUGAAACGAGCUAGUGUUGCUUAUGUCAGUGGAAACGGUCAAAUUGUCCUUCUACCCGAUUUCCCUGCAGCGAAAGCACAAGUUGAGGAUGACGGUGGAAGAGCACCAAAGAUCUACAAAAAGAAGAAAAAGAAGAUGACAUUUGAAUCAACUCUUCGUAAACAGGAACUGCAUCAAAUGGAGGAACAACUUGCUGAACAAAUAAAAGCAAAGGAGCUUGAAAUAGAAAAAGAACGCACGAAACAAAUGGAGAUGGAGCUGGAAUACCGUCGUCUUCGUGAUCUCGACAGUCAAGAGAAACUUCAGCGUCUACAAACUGAGCAUAUGCAGCAGCAACUAAAUUCGAUUCAACAGCAUCGAGUUUCAGCUCCCAUAACUCCACCAGCACAUCUUCAUAAUUUCAAUCAACCUUAUUAUCCCUCAAUGGCCUCGGGAAUGAAUCAUACCCCACAAUUAAUGACAAUGAAUUUCAACCCAACCAAUAGCUUGGUUAGCAAUGUGCCACAAAACUUUACCUCAAAUGAUGUGAAUCAGCUAAGUGAAUACAUGAGACUUAUGGGAGUACCACCUCCCUCCACACCGCAACAGUGGACAUAUUUAUUGAAUUCUGUUAAUUUUACCUCUGUGCCUACUAGUCCGUUACAACAUAGUCAGAGCAUGUAUCUGCCGACUUCUGGUCCCGAUCUGUCCAGGAUUUUUACAAAGCGCGAUCCUCAAAUUAAUCAAAAGCAGAAUAUGAUGCACGUGAUGACAGCGGGACAACAGACAACGAUCAAUUCUGACACCAUGAACGGACAAAUGUCGCUUGAAAAACGUAAAAUGAUUGAUUUGUUAAAUGGCAAAACGAGUGAUGAAAUAGACAAUGCCGCUUUAGGGAAUCUUUUGAGUGACUUUCACAAUGGCACGUUGACCAAUAAAUCAAAAAAGGACAAUAAAUCUGAAAAUACGACGCAAAGAGCGAAUCCGGUGUAUUUUUCUAGUGAUGAAGAAGAUGACGAUGAAGAAGAAUUAAGCCCAGCUAAAACAGAAAAGGGUUUUGCAUUUGAUCAACGCCAGAACCCAGCAAGUAUUCCAAACAUGGUGGUUCCAACAACUGGUCAAAUUGUGUAUGAUUCUGUUGGAUAUAAAACUGUUAUUUUCAACCCAGGAUCUCCUUUUCAAAGGUGA